UCUGUUCCUGUUUCAUAGUACAGCUGCGCUCCGUCGGUGUCUGUCUGUCUCUCUCUGUCCUCCCUCCUCUCUCUCUCUCUCUCUCUCUCUCUCGCUUCAUCCCCCUCUCCUUCCCCUCGCUCUGCAUGUUCACCCACACUCCCUCGGUCAGACGCCUCACUUCGGCCCCUCCACCGUCCGGGCCAGUAGCAUGGACAGCCGGAUACUCGAGCACCCCCACGCCCAGUUCGGAGGCUCUCUGGGCGGAAUGGUCGGUGUUGGUUUCCCCUACCACCUGGGACACCACCACGUCUACGAGCUCGCCGGUCACCAGCUACAGUCCGCGGCCGCCGUACCCUUCUCCAUAGACGGAUUACUGAACGGCUCGUGCUCGGCCUCGGUGGUACACGGCUCCGGUCCUCUACUUUCCUCUGGCUGCGGGAUUAACGGAGAUAAUCAGUUUAAACUCUCAGAUUCGGGGGACCCAGAUAAGGAUAGCCCCGGUUGCAAACGGAGACGCACGCGGACCAAUUUCACCGGUUGGCAGUUGGAGGAGCUGGAGAAAGCUUUUAACGAGAGCCACUACCCGGAUAUCUUCAUGCGGGAGGCGCUCGCGCUGCGGCUGGACCUAGUAGAGUCCCGGGUCCAGGUUUGGUUCCAGAACCGGCGCGCUAAAUGGAGGAAAAAAGAGAACACUAAGAAAGGCCCGGGGCGCCCGGCGCACAACUCCCACCCGACCACGUGCAGCGGAGAGCCCAUGGACGCUGAGGAGAUCGCGCGGCGCGAGCUGGAGCGCGCAGAGAAAAAGAAACGGAAACAGGAGCGUAAACUGCUGAAGUCUCAAAACAAGUUACUCUCCGGUGACCUCUUCCACACACCCGGCGGGUCAGACAGCGACAGCGGCGUGUCACAGAUCACCGACAAUGAGCAGCAGCCUUCAUCCGACUGUAACGGGAGCCGCCUUCAUUCUGAACCGGGAGGAGGACACCACCACCACCACCAAACGGAACCAGACAGCUGUGAACAGACUCAAACACGCCCCCGGUUUGGUCUCCUCCAGGACCAGCACCACGACCACCACCACCACAACAACCAAAGAACCGCAGGGGAGAUAGGACCGGGACCUGGGGUCCAGCAGCAGGUGUCCCCGGGCAGCGGUCCUGGACUCGGCGCCUCCAGGUCCUCGGGCCUCCAGAAACUAAACCCGUUCAGCGUGGAGAGCCUUCUCUCGGACGCCACACCUCGCCGGAAACCACAGCUGGACUUCAGCUCGCUGGCCAAUCAGAGGCCGCUGAUAGGGAAGGGUCACUUCCUGUUGUACCCCAUUACCCAUCAGCCACUGGGCUUCAUUGUCCCACAGACGGCCCUGAAAACCGGGCUGUGCCAGGACAACAACAGCAGCAGCAGCAGCGGGCCGAACCCGAAACAGGGACAGAGAUGUGUGACUAGUGAAUCUACAGGUUAUACCAGCUCUCAUCAUCUGGCUCAUUUGGGCCAAAACAAACCCCUUCACCACCACCACAAUCAUGUUAGUAACUGUGUGGACAGGAGCGGUAGUGAGGCACAGCAGGGAAGUUACAACAACGACGGUCCAGACUCCGUUUCCCCCCCACCACAGAGCUCUGUUUUAGUUCAAACGACUUUAACGAGAACCAGUUCAACUCAGUCCAACACGGGUAGUGACGGUAGCCGCGAGGCUGACGACCGACCGGGUUCGUCACGAGUAACGGACGUUAACGACUGCCAGAGUGAGCACACUGGGGAGGGCAUGAGAGAGGACUCGUCACCGGAGCCCUUGCUGUGUUCUGGCACCAAGCCAGAGAGUCAGGCGGAGCACGAGGAGCCCGGGACAGAUGGAGACGAAGUCGACAUGGACUAACGCUGGCGCGUUAUAUAAACAGAGACAGACUACCAACCGACCCUGCUCAGCCACAGACUACAUCUAAACAUUCCCAAAGCUACAAGACACCUUUUAAAAACAUAUCAGACAGACCUACUCUAUUGUUGUAUUUUUUUUUAAACAGAUUCUCUAAUAGAUUCAGACAGAGAUGUGUUGAACAGAUUCUCUGAUAGAUUCAGACAGAGAUGUGUUGAACAGAUUCUCUGAUAGAUUCAGACAGAGAUGUGUUGAACAGAUUCUCUGAUCGAUUCAGACAGAGAUGUGUUGAACAGAUUCUCUGAUAGAUUCAGACAGAGAUGUGUUGAACAGAGUCUCUGAUAGAUUCAGACAGAGAUGUGUUGAACAGAUUCUCUGAUAGAUUCAGACAGAGAUGUGUUGAACAGAUUCUCUGAUAGAUUCAGACAGAGAUGUGUUGAACAGAUUCUCUGAUAGAUUCAGACAGAGAUGUGUUGAACAGAUUCUCUGAUAGAUUCAGACAGAGAUGUGUUGAACAGAGUCUCUGAUAGAUCCAGACAGAGAUGUGUUGAACAGAGUCUCUGAUAGAUUCAGACAGAGAUGUGUUGAACAGAGUCUCUGAUAGAUUCAGACAGAGAUGUGUUGAACAGAGUCUCUGAUAGAUUCAGACAGAGAUGUGUUGACUACUACUUUCCAAACGGAAGUUCUAGACAUGUCCAUUUCAAAAGGAGAAAAAUACAAAACAUCUCAACACAGAAAAACAACAAAAAUCCUCAAAUAUUGUACAUUUCUUUUGAGAAAGUAUAAAAAUAAAAAUAUUUAUAUAUGUAAACAUUUUGAUAAAUAAAGUUAUUGUUUAAAUGAAA